AUGGAAGCUGUAAAGCUGCAGCUCACCACGCACAUGGCCUCCAUCUCCACCAGCGCGUCCAUCCGCCUUUCAUCGGACAUCAUGCGCAAGAUGAAUAACAUCGCACGUAUCCCAGAGAUCAGCGAGACCAUGAAGGACAUGCGGAUGCAGAUGGCGCAAUGUGCUGAUGCAGAGGACAGCAUCGAGGAAGCCUUGCGCGAGGACGGCGAGGAGUACGAGGCGGCCACCGAAGUGCAGAAGGUCCUUGAGGAGAUGGCACUGGACCAACUCGGCCCGCUCUCACGGGCAGCAGCAGUCCCAAGCGCAGCGGCAAAAGUACAGGCACCCGAGCCGGAGAAGGAAGCGCCGCAGAGGCAGCUGAUUGCCGUCGGGGCUCGACGCUGA